AUGGGUGAUCACAACAAUAUGGAUGACCUCACUGCUGCAUUGGCACUCAUUCAACAACAAAUGCAGAAUCAGCAACAGCAGAUGCAGCAAACCAUCCAAAAUCAGCAACAAGCUUCUCAGGAACAAGCAGCCGAGAACGCCACACGAGAGGAGCGUGGUGCUCUUAUUGGGGAGCGAAACCUUCCGCGGAACUUCGCUACAAACCGCUCUCCCAUCAACCCUCCACCCUGUACUCGACAAGAUUAUGAGAUCAAACCUGCAGUGAUAGGUCUGGUACAGAAGAGCACAUUCAGCGGCCUCACUUCAGACAUACCAAUGGACCACAUAGAGGCCUUUGAGAGGAUUUGCAAUUUUUCUCGCUCUAAUGGAGUGCCACCGGAUUAUGUCAAAUGCACGCUGUUCCCAUUCUCUCUCGAAGGAAAAGCUUCUCGUUGGCUGCAAUCUCUCCCAACCGGUUCUUUAACCUCAUGGGACCAGAAAUCUGAUGAACCUUUCCAUGAAGCUUGGGAAAGGUACAACGGGUACCAGAGAGAGUGCCCACACCAUGGGUUUGAUGACGAUUAUAUAUUGGAGGUGUUCUACGAUGGAGUAAGCUAUGAGUUCGAGAUUGAUGAGUUGCUAAAGAAGCCGAUGUUGGAUGGGCAGACCUUUGAGGUUGAUGAAGGGAUUGAUCAACUCCAACCUCGAGAAGGAAUGAUCGAGGAGAUUCUUACCGAAGACCCACUGGAGCUUGCACUAGUGCGAGCCGAGGCCGAGCAGAGUGUCGUGAACAUUGAUGCAGAUGGGUAUGCCAAGAUGCUUGACUCCGCAAGGAGUAUGGGAAGAAUGGUAGCAAGUUUAAGUCUGGGGGAGGAGAGCAACAGGGUCGAAACCACUCCAUCUAGAGCGACCCUUACACCGAACUCGCCUGUUCUGUCGAACCAACCAGAGGAUCCCUGGAGCGAGCUUAAAGCUCCCAAGGUUGAGCUAAAACCCCUUCCCAAGGGGCUCAGACAUGGCAAGGAUGGCUUGUUCAGAAGGUGUGUUCCAGAGGCAGAUAUUCCAGGAAUCCUACAUCACUGCUAUGGUUCAUCUUACGCAGGCCACUUCGCUACAUUCAAAACGGUUUCCAAAAUCCUUCAAGCAGUCGAUUUCAUGGGACCAUUCCCUUCGUCCUUCAAGAACGAGUACAUCCUCGUCGCCGUUGACUAUGUAUCUAAGUGGGUAGAAGCGAUAGCAAGCCCUACUAAUGAUGUAAAAGUGUCGACUAAGAUGUUCAGCUCCAUCAUCUUUCCGAGGUUUGGAGUGCCUCGAGUCGUCAUUAGCGAUGGUGGAACACACUUCAUCAACAAGGCAUUUCAGGGCCUCUUGAAAAAGAAUGGAGUGAAGCACAAGGUGGCAACCGCUUAUCAUCCACAGACGAGUGGACAGGUUGAGGAUUGGUCACUUAAGCUGGACGAUGCAUUAUGGGCCUACAGAACAGCCUACAAAACGCCGCUGGGAACAACUCCCUAUCACCUGGUCUACGGUAAAGCAUGUCACCUCCCUGUCGAGCUCGAAUACAAAGCUGCAUGGGCAGUCAAGUUACUGAAUUUCGACAUCAAGCCAGCAACCGAGCGACGCAUGAUCCAAAUCCAUGAGCUGGAAGAGAUAAGGCACCUUGCCUAUGAAAGCUGCAAAAUUUACAAGGAGAAGACCAAGGCCUACCAUGACAAGUGCAUCAUUGCCAGACAUUUCGAACCAAACGGUAAGGUCAAAAAAAAAUCGGACACUUCAGUCAGAACAACCAAAGGACUGUUCUUCUGGUCGAACAACCCAUUGCCUGUUCCAGAUGUCGUUAAGAAAGAGAUUAUGAAACUUCUUGAAGCAGGUGUAAUCUAUGCCAUAUCUGAUAGUAAAUGGGUCAGCCCUGUUCAUGUAGUCCCUAAGAAAGGUGGGAUCACUGUUAUCACAAAUGAAAAGAAUGAAUUGAUCCCUACUAGGACAGUGACAGGACAUCGCAUGUGCAUUGAUUUCAGGAAAUUAAAUGCAGCAACUAGAAAGGAUCACUUCCCACUCCCUUUUAUUGAUCAAAUGCUUGAGAGAUUGGCUAACCACCCAUAUUACUGCUUUUUAGAUGGUUAUUCAGGUUUCUUUCAGAUCCCUAUCCAUCCAGACGAUCAGGAGAAGACGACGUUCCCCUGCCCCUACGGAACAUACGCUUACAGGAGAAUGCCAUUCGGCCUGCGCAAUGCGCCAGCAACAUUUCAGCGUUGCAUGAUGUCAAUCUUUACUGACCUGAUCGAAGACAUUAUGGAAGUUUUCAUGGACGAUUUCAGCCUCUAUGAAAGCUCCUUUAAUGUCUGUUUGUCAAACUUGUGCAGGGUACUAAAAAGGUGUGAGGAGAAACAUCCCGUGCUCAACUGGGAGAAGUGCCACUUCAUGGUCACAGAUGGGAUUGUUCGGGGGCACAAGAUCUCCGAGAAAGGAAUUGAGGUGGAUAAGGCAAAGAUCGAGGUGAUGAUGAGUUUGCAACCACCUGCAAAUGUGAAAGCUAUCAGGAGUUUCUUGGGUCACGCUGGGUUUUACAGACGGUUUAUCCAUGACUUCUCAAGGAUAGCGAGACCACUCACCAGACUGCUCUGCAAGGAGAUCAAGUUCGAUUUCGACAAUGAGUGUCUAGCUGCGUUCCACACCAUCAAAGGACCUCUAGUCAGCGCACCUGUUGUGCAACCGCCAGACUGGGAUCUCCCCUUCAAAAUCAUGACUGAUGCAUGCGACUUUGCAGUUGGAGCAGUACUUGGGCAGCGCAAGGAUAAGAAACUUCAUGUGAUCUAUUACGCGAGCAAAACUAUGGAUGAAGCUCAGUGCAGAUACGCCACAACAGAGAAAGAACUCCUGGCUAUUGUUUUUGCAUUCGAGAAGUUCAGAUCCUACCUGGUGGGAUCUAAGGUGAUUGUGCACACAGACCAUGCUGCUCUUAAGUAUCUACUCACAAAGAAAGAUGCGAAACCGAGGUUGUUAAGGUGGAUUCUUCUCCUCCAAGAAUUUGAUCUUGAGAUAAAUGAUAAGAGAGGAGUCGAGAAUGGGGUUGCAGACCAUCUGUCCAGAAUGAAGAUUGAUGACGACACAACUCUUGAUGAAGAACACCCAGUGGAACACGUCAAUGCGAUUGGUCUGCAUUUCGCGGAACAACCUCUGCGAAUCACAUCUGACUGCUCUAGCAUCGCGGAACAACCUCUGGGAAGGAGAUCUGAUUGUUAUCGCGUUGCGGAACAUCCAAUCGCCGUGAUCCAAAAGCAGUACUCUCACCUCCCGUGGUUUGCUGAGAUUGUGAAUUUUCUUGCUGCUGAAAAGCAACCUCUUAAGUUCACUGGAAACGACAAGAGGAAAUUUUUAAGGGAGAUGGCACACAUUAAGCAAUCAACCAAUAGAACGCGAGCGACCUGCACAAGCAGUACGCCACCCCCGCAAGCACGACAACAAACCUCCGCGACCUACCUAUGGCCCCGUGAACAAGAGGGUGAACCGAUUGAUCUCGACAGCCCACUGCUCUUGGACUUCAACUGCGAGGACUGGGAUAAGGGAACAACAGCGCGUUACAACGCCCUCCUCCGGGUUGACAUGUUACCCACUCGUUUCUGCCACGCGGAGACUCUGGCUGAUCUUGGGAUCGACGAGGACGUGUUCGGGACGCUACACGCCAUAGGGAUAGCUCCUCUGUGCUAUACAACACAUGAGCUCUACCCAGACCUUGCUCGCCAAGUGCUCGCCACCGCCACGAUCACGUACGAGGAUUCCAAUGCACCCUCUUACGCCAACUGCUCAUUCUCUUUCAUGGCCGAUGGAGAGUACUGCUCUUUGUCCCUCAACAAGCUCAAUGAGAUCUAUGAGACAGCCACUGAACCGAAGGGAGUAGCGGUCGCGAAAAAGUUCUCUCCUUCUAACGCCUUUUGGGAUUGCAUUGCGAAUGGGAACUUUACGCCCGGAAAGGCUUACCAGUCGCAGAUCAGGAACCCGGCGCUUCGGGUCAUUGCAAAGACCAUCUCAAACCUCCUGUUCGCUAAAGAUCUCACCUCGAAGGUCACCAACGGGGAGCUGCAAGCCCUGUACGCUGGUAUUGAGGAUGAAAUCCGAGCUUCUGGGUCCGGCAUUCUAAUUUAA